AUGCGUUUCGUGACAUUACGAAUUGGCCAAGCUCUCUUGGCACGAGUGUUGUUCUUGGGCCAUAGUCUAGUGGCCGUUGGUCAUACGGCAAAUGUCUUGGGAGAUUCCUUCUGGUGGCUUCUGGCCGUGGCCAAUGUUGGCCUGCUGAUAGAGACAGCCUAUACUGUGGUUAGACGAAAUGGCCAAGAAUGGAGAUGGAUCUGUCCCAGUGCUGUGUGGUACCUGCUGGCCACAGUCCCAGCCAUCUGCUUGCUGGAGCUUGAUAAAGUCAGCCGUAACUUCAGCCAGGGACAGAACUUCAACUCCACUCAGAUCGCUCUCAAUGUCAGCCAGGAGAAGACCGCCGGGGCACCAAUGUCCCCUAUCGAGGUCGUGGAGGACUGGUUUGAUUCUCCGAUCAAGUUGACCCAGGAUAUGUGGGUUGAGGUUAUAGAACAAAUGCUGCUUCUCUUUCUUAUCAUUGGUCGCUGGUUGAUGCCAAAAGGGGAGAUAAGUAGAGACGAACUCUCUCAGCUGCUCUUUGUGUACAUUGCCAUCGCCUCUGACAUCAUGGAAUUAUUUCAACUGUUUGAAGAGGAGCGUGUGUAUCGGAAUGAGGCUUUACGCUACUGUAUCCUGGGCGUAUGGGGAUUCAGUCUUUUCCAGUUUACCUUGGUUCUCACGGCCAGCAGGAACCCAAAGAAGGCCAGACCAGUUGCCGCAACGGCAGAUGCCGACAUAUCCACGGCUGGCCACGAGACCGGUAAACCCGAAUCAACGAUUGUCUGCUGUAGAGUACCAUAUAUAGAAAUACUGAGUUUGCUUACUUCGCUUUUCAUAAUGGACGGUCCAUUCCUGGCAAUUAGACUGUAUGUAUUGUUUGCCCUCAAUGUGCACAGUUAUAACAUCCUCUUCUUCACUAGUAAAAAUCUACUGAUGGUUUUGCUCCUGUUUUAUCGGUUUCUUGUCAUCAUCAAUGACAUUCGAAAGAGGAAGCAUAAAAGUGACGAUGAAAUUUCCAUCUCUUCCCUAAAAGGUUUUAGUGGGUGUAACAAAAGCAUGUCUAUAUCACGUAAAGACGAUAUGGAUACCAUGGACCUGGAGAGAAAACAGAGUUCUCCGUCAGCAAGUUUGGCCCCCAAAAAGGAAAGCACUCCCUGCCGCCUCUCUGCAGAGUCCAGGGAAUCUAGUGACUAUGUCAUGUUUGAAAAAGAGCGCGCGAACUCAGAGCAAUCUGCUGUAGGAAGCCAGGGGGAACUCGCAAAUGUUGUCAACGCGAAAGAAGUCGUCUUACAGACUGAAAACCAUGUGCUUCGUCAGUCGGAUUCCAUUCCAGAAUGCGACCAGAAACCAGAAAGCGAUCCUGAAAAUGAAGAUCAUUUUGGUCCCACGUGUGUGAACGAGACUAUGGAAGAUUGUACUCCAGCUACGGAACGAUGUCGUACACCAGAAGAUGGAGAUGAAAACUAG